CACACUCUCUCUCCUCUUCAAUCCUCUCCCAACCAAAGCCAUGGCCUCACCAACACUCCUAACUCCCACCUCUAAACUCAAAUCACUCGUUCCCAUCAAGGCCACCAAAACCACCACCUCCACCGCAGCCUCCACUACCUCAGUCUCACAAGCUCGGCGCCGCGAGUUCUUAUCAAUCGCCGCAGCAACUCUCUCGUCGCCUGCAUGGCUCUUCCCAUCAACACCAGCAGCCCUUGCUGCUUCGGAUGAAGAGUACGUUAAAGAGACCGAGGAGGUGAUCCAGAAGGUUAAGAGCACCAUCAACAUGGACAAGAACGACCCCAAUGUGGCCAACGCAGUUGCGGAGCUCAGAGAAACGUCGAACACGUGGGUUGCUAAGUACAGGAGGGAGAAGAGUCUGCUGGCAAGGGUUUCUUUCAGAGACAUGUACUCGGCGAUCAAUGCCGUUUCGGGACACUAUGUUAGUUUCGGGCCAACGGCUCCGAUUCCGGCGAAGAGAAAGGCGAGGAUCUUGGAAGAGGUCGAAACUGCAGAGAAAAACCUAUUAAGGGGUAGAUAGAUACUUGAGAGAAAAUAAUCUCUGUAAAUUUAAGUACUCGUGGAGAGCGCCAGAGGAAUUUUUCUUUUCUUCUAUUAUUUACUACGAUGUUUUUUAUUUGAAUUUUGUUUGUGAAGUUUGAGGUUACAUAGUGAGAUUAAUGGUUUAGGGUUUUUACUGUCAUGAAAACCCUGUUUCAGAACAUCCGCUACGUACAUGCAACUGAUAUCCUGAUUAAUAGUCAUACAAGUGAUUACUAUUGCGU